CCCAUACUGAGCGUUUUGCAACUCAGUGCGGGUCGUCACACUGCGAGAGGCAAUUCAUUGAAACGGCACUUGUGUAACGUGAUCAUUGUUCGAGGACGUGCGUAUUUGUAACGGUUCGACAAAAGAAGGUUCCUAACUAUAAUUCAGUGCUGCUAUGCAACGUUAUGCUUUGCGUUGAACUUACCGUGCGGUUUAUAUAAGUUGUUUUCUCUUCUCUUGUGCUACUGACCCUUUAUCCGAACUUGUGCCGUAGUGAGCGUGCGAAAUGGCGCAUAAAAUCGCAAAUUUGUGGGAGAAUUUCGUCAACAAUUUUUUCUUGUUCGCACCAACCUUUGUGGUGUGUUUAACCUUCCUGCCAUGCGGCCUCAUAUUCGGCUAUACGAUAUGCUCACUGAUCGCCGAACGCAAUGUCAAUGCCGGACUCAUUGAGUAUGGUCCAAUGAUAUUUGGCGCAUGCAGCGGCUUCAUCAUUGCGUCCAUUAUGUUUUUGGUGAAAUUCUUCAAGGGUCGCAUCAUAUUCUGGCAUAUCCCGAUACUGUUGUGUGCGGGCGCUUUUAAUUUGCUCGCAAGCUGUUUCUACUUUGCUAAUGGCAUGGACACUGCAGGCGCUUUCAUCUCCUACUUCGCGUACAGUUUGAACUACAUAGCGGGCUUGAGCUUCCUACACACUACGCUACAUAAACGCAGUCGCUCCAUAAUGCUCGCACUUGCGUUUUGCUUCUUUCUACUGGGCACUGCCGCGGCUGUCAGCCUUAUUGGCACCAGCUACACGAAGCCGGACAACAAAAUCAAUGCGACGGCCAAUGAAGUACCCGAUGGACUCUAUGUGGGUUUUGCUGGUCUUUACUUUUCAAUUUCUGUUGUGAUUCUAGGCGUACUCAUCGGUUUGAAAGUGAUGGAUUAUUUUGGUAUUGUCGACUGCCAGAAUAUUUUGGAUAAUGAAUUUCGUAUUGCCAACUCGAACGGCAGCAUAUUUGAUAAGCGUAAGGACAUCAUAAAGCGUGUGAAGUUUCUGUAUGUCACCAAGAAUCAACAAUGGAACGUGACCUUGGUGGUGCUCUUCACCGAGGCGAUACAGUAUGCGCUCUUUGUAUACUAUAUUUUCUGGUUUGUUAUGAAUCAGGCUAUACGCCUGACACCGGUGGACAAUGUCGACGCAAUGCUGUGGGUGGUGUUCGCCGGUUCGGCUUUAUGUGUUUUGUGUGUGGUCUUCUUCAGUGUGAAGGUCACAUUUGUGGCAAAUGAGAUUUGCCUUAUAGUUCUAACGAUUUUGAGCAUGAUUAUAUGCUCAUCGGUGGAUACGAAAAUACCGUUAUGGUUCAUAUUAUUCUUCUUUGGUGUAUCAUUUUCUAAUUUGCAAAUUUCCAUUGUGGAAGUCUCACAUUUUCGCUACACCGAAUUGCUUUUCUUCGUGUCAUAUUUGGCGAAAUUGAUUAGCACCGGUAUGGUGUAUUACUAUUUCGUGUCGAAUUCGAAAAACUCAUUUUUCUACUCAACCGACUCGAGUACGAUUAUGGCGCAGGGCUUUGUGUAUCUUAUAAUCACCGCACUUGUAGCACUCGUGGUGGGUGUAAAAGUGCCGCGUACCUAUUGCAUGACACUCUUCGAAAUACAGUACGAUUUGCUGGGCGUAAUAUUCAAACAGCACGAGAUUGAGCAGCUGGAUGUGACGUGUCUGCACGAUGGCUCGAUCCCGACUAUUAGUGCGCAUGCUCAUUAUUGAGCGAGACAAGCAUAUAGAUAUGUACAUUUGUAUAAUUUAUAAAUUUAAAUAAUUAUUUUAGAAAAUGAAUUUGUGUAUUUAUACUUAAUUAAGUUUAUCAUUUAAAUAAAGUUUUUUUUUUAAUAAAUGCUUCUACUUUUUUAGUCUA